CAAGAUGCCAGCCCCCACAAAGCAGAAAGAUGUGGGAUAAGAGUAAAAUGUCCAGUCGUGAAGGAGAUCGUCUGUUAUAACACAGAGGUUAAGCAGGAACCCAGAGAUGAAGCCGCUUCAGACGUUGAUAAAGCCAGCAAGGCUAUGGCUAAAAGCCUGCAUAUAUCGUCCACCAUUAUAUACAAAUAUAUGUCGGUUUGGGUCUUGUUAUACACGGACUGAAAAUGCUGGAAACGGUUUACUGAGAGCUUCGGAACCAUUUCUACAGACUCGGAUUUCUGUUGGGUGUGUAAGGCUUUUCAACUCCACAACAGAGUUAUUCGCCCCUCCCAUAGCAAACAGCAUACAGAAAAAUGUACAAGCUGUGAUAGCAAAGAGACCCGCUAAGAAGAAAGUGGCUGUGUCAAGAUCUAGGGACAAGGACCAAGUGUAUGAGGUGACAGCUUAUGCCACAUCAGAGGAGUAUCACCUGGAAGAUUUGAGCACAGCAUUAGAACAGCAGGGCCUCUAUCUCGUCUCAAGUCUGCCCAAAGAUGUGGAGAAUGCCCUGUAUGUGUGUGCCAAAUACAAGGUGGAUGAAACACAGCGUGAAGUCUUCUUCUUCAGGGAGGGCUGUGCCGUGUUUUGGAACAUGCCAGAGACAGAAAGAGCUGAAGUGCUGAAAUUUGUUGAGAAGUUCUCAGAGAAUGUGUAUAGUGUAAGUCUGAUAGAGCAUGAAUUGGAGAAGAUGGACUUUGUCUAUACACAAAAGACUCCCAGUCUCACAUCUGGCACUAUUCACAUUCAGGAGCGUCAGGAUGUUGAUACAGAAGAGAGCUCUGCUCAGACCACCCUCGUCAAAUAUGCAUUCUCCAACGCUCUCUCGCUGUCUGUCAAGCUGGGCAUUUGGGAGGCUUCCUUGGACAAAUUUGUGGAGUCCAUAGAACCAGUUCUGGAGGAUAUGAAGGUUGGCAGGAGAAUCAAAAUGACAAAACAAGAGGUGCUUCAGAAAACUGGAGAGCUGUUCACUUUGAGACAUUUGAUCAACUUGAGCUCAGAUUUGCUGGACCCUCCAGACUUUUACUGGGACAGAGAACAACUGGAGACAUUGUACCAACAGGCUUUUGUCUACCUGAACAUUCCCAAGAGGACAAAGGUGAUGAACGAAAAGUUAAACCAUUGUUGUGAACUGACAGAACUACUGAUCUCCCACCUGAAUGACAAUCAUCACAUCAGACUGGAGUGGAUGAUCAUACUGCUGAUCAUGGUUGAGGUUUUCUUCGAGAUUGUUCACUACGUGGAGAAGUACACUGUUCAGGAGGAGUUCUCUGUGACAUCACAGACUGCAAAUAGCACAGAAAGGUGAUCAGUUGAGAA